UACAGAAAAGCAGUGAACUCAUUUUCUCCCCUUUUUCUACUCUAAAUAGCAACAAAAACACACAGCUAGUGGAAUAUAUAGAUACAGAUUGUUGUGUCUAUAGGUCGUGUUGUGUGUAUACUUACAGAUUGUUGUGUGUAUAGAUGGAUGUGAAUGGAGUAGGUGAAAUGGAGGAGAGGGAGAAGAAGGUGUUUAUGUGGGGGUACUUGCCGGGAGCUUUGCCGCAAAGGUCGCCGAUUUUGUCGCCGGUGGAGGUUCCGGCGGGCGGCGCCGUAAGUAAGUGGAAGGAUGUUUGUGGCGGUGGUUGCGGCUUUGCUAUGGCGCUCUCAGAAUCGGGGAAGCUUAUUACAUGGGGUUCAACGGAUGAUCUAGGUCAAAGCUAUGUGACAUCAGGAAAGCACGGGGAAACGCCAGAGCCUUUUCCUCUACCUAUCGAAACUUCAAUAUCAAAAGCUGCUGCAGGGUGGGCACAUUGUGUCGCGGCAACAGAAACUGGUGAAGUAUAUACUUGGGGAUGGAAAGAGUGUGUGCCCUCUGGUAAGGUAAUCGAAGAUCCAUCGAUGGGAUUGCUUCUAGACAAGGAUGUAGUUGACCAGCAGGGUUCACUUUUGACUGAACAAGUGAGUCCUCAAUCCCAGCCACCAAAACCUAGUAGUGGGCCGGCUUCUGCAGGUGGAGAAGAAAGUGCAAAUGCAAAGAGAAGAAGAGUAUCAUCUGCUAAACAAGCAGCUGAAAGUUCAGCAACUGCUGAUGAACCACUGUCAGCAUUACCUUGUUUGGUAACACUGAGUCCUGGAGUAAGGAUUGCUACAGUUGCUGCUGGUGGACGUCAUACAUUAGCUUUGUCAGAUGUUGGACAAGUUUGGGGUUGGGGAUACGGAGGUGAAGGACAAUUAGGUCUGGGGUCCAGAAUACGCAUGGUAUCAUCACCACAUCCUGUGCCUUGUAUCGAUACAUCCCCACUAGGAAAAGAUAGAUCUGCAGUUACAUCUCGAGCAAGCGUGAGUUCUGAGGCGGAAGGCUGUAGAGUUCCUGGAAGCUAUGUGCGAGGCAUUGCUUGUGGAGGACGGCACAGUGCAGUAAUCACAGAUGCCGGAGCAAUACUUGCUUUUGGAUGGGGACUUUACGGACAGUGUGGGCAAGGAAGUACAGAUGAUGAACUAAGCCCUACCUGUGUCUCUUCUUUAUUGGGCGUCCAAAUAGCGAGUGUUGCUGCAGGACUCUGGCACACUGUCUGCAUUUCUGUUGAUGGUGAUGUAUAUUCGUUUGGUGGUAAUCAAUUUGGACAGUUGGGAACUGGUUCAGAUCAGGCUGAGACAUUGCCGAGGCUACUUGAUGCCCCAGGGUUUGAGAACAUGCGUGCUCGAAUAGUAUCUUGUGGGGCUCGUCACUCUGCUGUUGUUACAGACGAUGCAAAGGUGUUUUGCUGGGGAUGGAACAAAUAUGGCCAGCUUGGCUUGGGUGAUGUGAUAGACCGGAACAUUCCUUCUGAAGUACCAUUGGAUGGUCGUGUGCCAAAGAAUGUAUCAUGUGGGUGGUGGCACACACUUCUCCUAGCUGAUGCUCCCACCUGAGUACCUCAUCUAGCCUGACAUCUCUGGACAGUUUUGUUAGGUUAGAUUAGCAAAAACUAAUUUAUUGUAGUAUACAUGUAGAUUAUGCAUCUGUGAUCUGUACAUAUAGUGUUGGUUAUAGAUCUAUGCAUUAUGCAUGGGCAAGCAUGUUGUAGUGUUAUUCUUUCUGUGUUCAAACAGUUGAGAUUGAUCGAGUGGUUAUGCUGUGUUAAGUAUGCUUUGAAGGCUUACAAGAUGUUUUAGUCCUCUGUAUAUUCUUCUGCUAGUGCAUGCUUGCGUGACUUAGGUCA